AUGGAGAAUGCUCAGCGCGUGGUGGCAGAUAUCGUGGCGAGAUGCCAAUACCGCGGCGUGGAGGUGUCUGAGACGCUUGCUGCGUUUAUAGCGCGGUUGGUUGUGCAUCGCAGUCAGCGUCAUCUCGUCCUAGAGCAGCCCAUGUCCCCCCAGGAUGAACUAUACCUGACGGAGCAGUGCGAAAAAGCGUUAUUGCGCAAUGAUGAUCCAGCCAUGGAGACCGUCAAGAUGCAGCUCGAGUUCGACUUCACAUACGCAAAUCUCGAAGAGGAAUUGCGCACACGAAAAGAGCGCAAGGAGCAAGCAGUGGUCAAGCUGCAGCGCACGAUCUCCUCACUUGUGCCGGAGAAAGCCACUGACUUCGAGACGCUCUCGACGCUGUACAAGCACAUUUUCACACUGUUGAUGCUAGAUGCAGAUGGACUCAGCAGAAGCAACAACAUCAACGACGAUGACGACGGUGAAAACACAUGUAAAGGGAAAUCUAAUUGUUCCAGUAAGCAGGAACAAGCAGAGCGUCGUUCCAUGGAGAAAGAGGUGGCUGCAGCACUAGAGAGUGUUUUCCCACGCAUCGGCUUGAAGUCCUUUGCAACGAUGUCUCCUGAUGACAAGCGCUUUCAAUUGGAUGAACUCAUGCGUAUCGUUGAGGGUAUCCGCUUAUUCAACAAGGAACUGGGAAAAGGUGGCGCGGGAAUUGCAGCCAGCGCCCGAGAUAUCCAGGAAAGUGUUGCAGCGUUGGCAAAACUUGUGCGAGACGAGGUUCGCGAUGCCAACGAGAUCUGUACACAGUACACUGAGGUGCUUCUGCAUGUGCACCACCAAUUAGGAACUGGGGAGGAAGCACACUCCGCGGAGCCAUCGCCAAGUCUCGACGAAAUCGCACGAUGGCAAGACGAGCUGAGCAAUCGAAGACAGUUCCUCUCCUACCUGCAGAGCCUUGAAGAGGACAUCGCGUUUUCCCACGAGAAAGUUGGCACGCGACUUCAGAUGUUCCAGGCCGAUAUGAGCGCACUGCAGAAUCUUGUGGGGGCUCGGACGUCACUGCCAAAGUCACACGUCUACCCGCUCUUUGAAGCUGUCUCCCAUUCGUGGGCUGAGCUGCACCAAGAGCACGAACUGCUACAGGCUCGUGCUCGCGCUCUACGAUCCUUGCUACGCUUCAAGUCGACCUUUACACGCACGCUUUCAUCUGAGUCCCCCAUCGUACGACAAGCACGACGUGGAGGCUCCAUCCCGCCUGAAGAUCUCUUUUCUCAUGUUGAGACGUUUCCUGUUGAAAGUCAACUUGCUGUUGAUGGCAAAACGCGGAGCUUUGGCUUGGAAGGUGAAGAUUUAGAUGGCGACGAAGACAACAGCAAUCCCAGCGAGGAAGAAGGCUCGGGCUUUCCCAUUCGGAUGCCAGUGGAAUCGACACCGGAGUUCAUGCAACUGCCACUAGAUUAUCAAGGCUUCUGUCCAUGGACAGUAGUGGAGCGUGGAGGCCUGUUGCUGCCUGGAGAUCCGUCGCUGGGAGUCGUCCAGUAUCGCAAUGCCUACCACGUUUUCGUCAAUGAACGUGCACUAGGCGAGUUCAUGAUUCAUCCACGUCGCUACGUCCAAGGAGUUCUGCGUCGUGCAGGUCGUCAACCAGCCCUCAUCUAUCUGCUACGUCUGCAAGAGUCUUUCCCGAACAUCACGUUGUCUUCGCUUCUCAAAAUGUGCCAUCGCUACCGUGCUGAAGGAGCUCGAGGGAUGCAUCUAUUGCUAGCCCCACUACCGUCACAGAAAGUAGACGCCAGCACUGCCACACCCACACACUUCAUGGAGAAGCGCAUCGACUACAAUUACGACUGGAACGAGUGGAAUCUCCGUCGCAAAGCCAUCAAAAUCGCCAACCUCCGACAUUGUCGCACCGUAGGCGCACAAACAGCGCUCAGUAGUUUCCGUCGCGAGGUCGAUACUCAGGAUUGCGCAAAGGUCAUCUCUACAGCAUCGACGACGCCAAACGCGCCGAAGCCAAAGAAGCGAAGGUAA